AUGGUAUACCAUUCCGACCCUAAACCCCUCGGUUUGAUUUAUACCCGUGCCCGUAGCCGAAGAGCAGUGAGAGUAGUAGGACUGGGAGUCUGGGAGCGGGGAGGACGGCUGUAAUUCGCAGGGAGGUUUAGAUUUCUAUUGUUAGGGUUUUAGGUGGAAAGGGUUCUACGCCUUGCCAUUGGGUGAGAGUGAGAGUGAGAGUGAGAGAGCAAAAAUCGCCAUGAAUUCUCUAAUCAGAUUCAGCCGAGCUUUCUCAAAAUCUGCCUCUUCACAUUCUACAACGAAAGGCCUCCGUUUUCUUUAUCCUCCUACGCUCUUUCUGCAAUCUUACGCUGCCGCCGCCACCGCCACCACCGAUACUACUACAACCAGCCCUAAAACAAAGUAUAAGCUUCAAAAGGACAAUUUUCUUGGGUGCAGCACCGCCUCCGGAAAACCCAAACCCAGGGGAAAACAACCGCCGCAUGAGGUCGUUGCGGACUCGGGCUGGGCUAGGCCAAGCGAGAUCCCCUUCCAAGCCAAAGUUGCCAACUUGGUCAACCUGAUCGGUUACGUCCAUAUACCCGUUCAGUUCGAAGCUUCUCGUGAUGGAAAGUAUUGGGCUGGUACCGUUAUCACCCAGGAUCAAGCUUCUGACUCCCCUCCUCUUUGGAUACCAAUAAUUUUCGAGGGUGAUUUAGCUCAUAUUGCUGCUUGCCAUUUGAAAGAAAAAGAUUGUGUUCAUGUAGCUGGACAACUGAGUGCAGAUCCACCUCAUUUGAUUGAAAAUUCGGGUCAAUCCAGCAUACAGGUUAUGGUACAUAGCCUUAACUUUGUCCAAGGAUAUUCUCAAAUGAAAAGAAGCUUGGCGCCUCAAGAACAAAAGAGAUUCUUACAAGAUUCUGCAAGUGUGAAAGAUGAAGACGAAGAUGAGGAUAAAGAUAAAGAUGAAGAUGAUAUUAACCAAUCAUGGAAGGAUCUCCUUGCUAAGCCACAUGAAUGGUGGGACAUCAGGUUGAAAGAGGAGAAUCCAGAAGGUGCAGCAUUUGAACGAAAGAGCAACGGCGAGUUACUCCGGAUUGAUGACUCAAUUCCUGAAUGGGUCCAAAAGCAGCUUGAGACGAUAACAUUUGAAUGCAAAGCUCAGUUGAAAAGCUCGAAAACUGGUGUGAAGAAAAGGGUGGAUUCUGAAUUGAAUCCUUGGAGAGAACUUCUUGAUAAUCCAAAGCAAUGGUGGGAUUUCCGUUCUAGUAAGCUAACUGGUUCGGUGAAUCCAAAAUUUCCAGAUUUUAAGUGUAAGGUUGGUGAUCGUGCACUCUGGCUUGGCGGAGCACCGGGAUGGGUUUUGUCAGAACUUGAGGGAGUGGAGUUUGACGUUAAAAAUAUAAAAUUGAGACAGAAUAAAGGUGAUAGUUCAUGGAAGGACCUAGUUGAAAACCCAGAUAAAUGGUGGGACAAUAGAUCGAAUAAGAGGAAUGCAAAAUCUCCCGACUUUAAGCACAAAGAAACUGGUGACGUUUUAUGGCUCAGUAAUUCGCCGGGCUGGGUGCUAUCGAAGUUGCCACCUCUCAGAGGUAAAGAAGAUAAGACUACUGCCAAGAGGGAUACGCUACUAUCUUGAGUCCGUAGCUUUGAGAUGUGGAUAUGUCCAUUCCCACCAAUCAUCCGUUUUGCCUUUUAGAUGGACGGUUCAAGUAUGAGAAUGUGCAAUGUGACUGACAACAAACAAGGAUUGAAAAUGUAUUCUACUAGUCAUUCGAUUUUUUCUUUUCCCAAAAAAUGUAUAUUAUCUACCAUUUAGCUCGUUUGAAUACAAAAAUCAUCUCAUUUCAUCUCAUCA